CGGGACACCUUACGUGUUGAUACUGGUGUUUUGAAUUUGAAUCAGUGCGUUAGAACUCUUCGUGCGUCGCUAUAACUUUUAAACUAGCUACUAAUUUUCUAGUGAACUAUUUCGUCCAAACUUAAGCCAUGUCUUUUUCAAGAGCUCCAGUGAAACGAUUUAAUGAAAAUAUCGGCUGCGCCCCAGCACCGGGCACAUACGAGCUGAAACCAGGAGAGGUGAAGGGACCUGCCUCUUUCCACCGGUCAGAGCGCUUCAAACUGCUCAAGGCCAGUGGUGCUCCUUUCAUCCCACCACCAUCUCCUUCUAAAGAUGUGCCCAUGUCACCUGUGGCUGUGCGUAGGACCAUGUCUGUGGAUGGCCUGGUUGAUGGGUCCAUGUCAAAGAAAGACAAGAGCGGCCUAUCAAUGCAGAUGAAACAGCAGAAACUCCUGGAGAAAGAGAUCCGGGCCCUGGUGCAGCAGCGCGGGGAGCAGGACAGGCGCCUGGUAACCCUGGAGGAGGAGCUGAGGAAGGUGGAGGCCAAGCUGUUGUCUGCGGUCAGGGAGAAGACUGGUCUGGCAGCUAACGUCACCACCCUGGAGAGACAGCUGGCUGAGCUCAAGAAGACUAACGAGUUCCUCAAGAACAAGGUUUCUGCAGACACCACUAAGAAGAGGAUCCAGUCUCUGUCUAUGGAGCUGAUGGAGGCCAGAAACAAAUUGGACGUCAAUGACCAGGAGCUGAGUUUCCUGCAGAUCAGUACAGAGGGCCAGGUGAAGUUGCUGGAGACAGACCUGGAGGCAGCCAGAGCUACACUCACCGCCCUGAGGGAGAGGAACAAGGACCUGGAGGACCUCCACCAUGACACCAAAGUCCAGAACGAAGAGCUGGAGAAUGAUAUGGAUACGCUGCAAGCUGUGAUCCAGGAGCUGAGAGAGGAGGUCAAUGUUCUUCAGGGUUACCUGGACACAGCCAACGACCACAUCCAGGAUCUGCGUAUGAAGCUUCAUGGGAAAACCGAGAUGGUGAACAGCAUCUCUGAGUCUCAGCAGGAGAAACUGGGCCAUCUUGAGCAGAAACUUGAGCAGUGCACCGCGGAGCUCGAAAACUCUCAGAACACUCUCCGUCAGAAGGAGGAGGAGUCAGAGAAAGGUCAGCAGGACCUGCAGGCUUCCCGGGAUGCUUUGCAGGAGACKGAGAAGCUUCUGGAGCAGCGAGAGGCGGAGCUGAUGUCCUCCCAGAAGGCAUUGGGAGAGAUGGAGGUGCAGAUGCAGCGGGCCAACCAGGAAGUGUCUGACUCCCAGAGUGCAGUGCGGCAGCAAGAGGCGGAGCUAGUGCGGCUGAKGGAGGUGCUGAGGAGGACAGGGGAGGAGCUGGAUGAGAGAGUAGCUCACCUGGAAGAGAAGUGCAAGGUCCUGGAGGAGGAGAGAGUUAGUAGCCAGGGGAGAGUGGAGGAGCUGAAGGCAGAGCUGAGCCUCCUGCGGGAGAACAGAAGGAGUGAGAAGGAGGUGCAGGAGCAGCUGGAGCAGACACACGCCUCCCUGGCUGAGGAGCUGAAGCAGGAAAAGGAGCAUGCAGCCUCCCUGGCCUUGGUGCUGGAGGGGUUGAGGGAGGAGACAGAGGAGGAGAGGAAACAGUUGGAGGAUGAGUUGGAGGAGGCUCUAGGAGAGCUGUCGGUACUGGAGUUGCAGGACGAGCGGAGAGAGGAGGCCCUACAGGGUCUCCAACAGGAGAAGACAGAGUUGGAGAGAGAGCUGACUGAGACCAGAGCACUGCUAGACAGGAGGAGCAGUGACGUGCAGGAGGUAUACUCUGCUGCCAUGAGGAGGCUGCAGGAGGAACACACCACCUCCCUCAGCAAGAUAGGAGACCUGGCCACUGAACUGGAGAGCUCCAGGCAGGCCCUGAAGGGAGCAGAGGAGAGGGGUAGAGCGCUGGAGGAGGAGGUGGAGAGGGUGACUAACCAGAUGAAAGAAGAGAUGGAGAGAAUGAAUCAGCGUAAGGAGGUGGAGUUGAAGAAAGUGAGGGAGGAGAUGGAGGAGGAGCAGGAGAAACAUCUAGCUGAUCAGCAGGCUCAGGAGAAAGCAAGAGCGGAGUAUGCAAGAAUGCUGUUGGCGGCACAGACUCGUCUAGCUCAGAGAGAUGAGGAGAUGAAGAGGGCUGAGGAGGAGGUGCAGAGACAGCUGCAGGAGGAGAGGAUGGAGAAAGAGGAGGUUCAAAGGCUACUGGAGCAGGAGAAAGGAGAGAGGGAGGUGCAGAGGAGAGACUUGAAGCAAUGGAUGUCAGAGGAGGUGGGGAGGCUAGAGAGACUGGUGGAGGUGGUAGAGGAGGAGAAGCUAGCUCUUCAGUGCUUGGUAGGAGAGGUGCAGAAGGAGAAACUGAGCCUUCACAACCAGUUGGAGAAGAUGGAGGAUCAGGUAAAGAAAGACCUGCCCUGUCUAGAGAACCACAUGAAGGAGGUAGAGAAAGAGAGGGAUGAUCUGAAAACAGUAGUGGAGAUGUUUGAAAUGGACAAACAGGGCCUUCAGAACCAGGUAGAACUAAUACACAACCGACUGAUGAAGGCAGAAGAACAGAGAGCGAGUCUCCAGAGCCAGGUAGAACUGAUGGAAGAGAAGGUUUCUCUCCAGAACCAGGUGGACCCAGUUGUCCAGGAGAAGGUUUCUCUCCAGAACCAGGUGGACCCAGUUGUCAAGGAGACGGUUUCUCUCCAGAACCAGGUGGACCCAGUUGUCCAGGAGAAGGUUUCUCUCCAGUGGGAGAUGGAGGAACAGAGAAGAGACUUUCAGAGACAGCUGGUGGCAACUCAGGACAAGAGUGAUGCAGAGACAGAACACUGGAGGAGACAGUACGAGGAGCUCUACGCUAAGGUCAAGCCCUUCCAGGAGCAGCUGAAUGGGUUUGCUGCGGAGCGGGACGCGCUACUGAACGAGAAUGGGGCGAACCAGGAGGAGCUGACCCGGCUCGCGGAUGCCUACGCUCGUCUGCUAGGCCACCAGAACCAGAAACAGAAGAUCAGACACGUGGUGAAGCUCAAAGAUGAGAACGUCUCCCUCAAACAGGAGCUGUCUAAGCUGCGUGCCCAGGUGUCCCGUCAGAAAAAGGGAGGCCAGCCACAACGCAGGGUUGACCCCACCAAAGCCUUGAACCACCAGGACAGCAAGGAGAACGAGCAGCCUGCUGCCACACCUCUCAGACAGGGAAACCGCUGUUGAAAGUUAGACAAUGGACAGACCCUCAUAGAAAGCACCAACUGGGUGAACAGGACACCUCCUGUUGAGUCAAGAGAAUGUCAUGGUCUUGCGUAAUAUUUAAUUGUCAUUUGAAACCAAAUGCUCUGAAAAGCUACUUGGUGAAUCAGUAAGGGGGGUGGGGGUGUUUGUAACCCUCUAUGUUUUAGGAGAAACAAAGGCCUUUAUUUUAACAUCCUAUAGAGCAAUUAUGUCAGUUUCGGCAUGUAACAUGCUCGUCAUUCUUUUGCUACAGCAUUCAUAUUAAGCACAAAAUGUUUUUUGUUUUCUUCAACAUAACAUAGUUGUGUUGUACAUGUUUAGCUCUAUUCAUUUUAACAUUUUUUGUUUUGUCUAAUCAACAUUUUUGGUUGAUUAGACAUUCCCAUCUUAUUUCUAGAAGAUGGGAAUGUAACUUCUCUCUCUCUUCACUGUUUGACCUUUUUUACUUUCUUCCAACAGACUGACUUUUGUAAAUAAAGCCCCAUCUCUUUUCCUUCACACUGAGAAGCGGGAGGAUUGUUUUAA